UCCACCCUGGAAACUAUGCCCCUGCAACACCACCUGAUUCAACAAAGGGGGCAGACGGAGUGUUACAGAGUUUUCCAGGCUGUCACUGUGUUUGCCUGUGCAUGUACUAGCGCUCAGCGUUUGUUUAGAAAAGGUAGACUGUUUUAGUCAAAGGGGAAAGAGAAAGAGAGAGAGAGAGAGAGAGAGAGAGAGAGAGAGAAAUCAUUCAGCCAUGGCAAAUAUCGCUGUGCAGAGGAUCAAGCGAGAGUUCAAAGAAGUGCUGAAAAGCGAAGAGACAAGUAAAAAUCAAAUAAAGGUAGACCUAGUGGAUGAAAACUUCACAGAGUUAAAGGGGGAAAUCGCAGGACCACCAGACACGCCGUAUGAAGGGGGCAGAUAUCAGCUUGAAAUCAAGAUCCCAGAGACGUAUCCCUUUAAUCCACCCAAGGUGCGGUUUAUUACUAAGAUCUGGCAUCCCAAUAUAAGUUCAGUUACCGGGGCAAUAUGUUUGGACAUUUUAAAAGACCAGUGGGCUGCUGCUAUGACUCUGCGUACAGUUCUUCUCUCACUACAGGCUUUGUUAGCUGCAGCAGAGCCUGAUGACCCUCAAGAUGCUGUGGUCGCCAAUCAGUAUAAGCAGAAUCCAGAAAUGUUCAAACAAACAGCUCGUCUCUGGUCUCAUGUUUACGCUGGCGCUCCUGUGUCCGGUCCCGAGUACACACGCAAAAUAGAAAAACUUUGUGCAAUGGGCUUUGACAAAAAUGCAGUAAUAGUAGCCUUGUCCUCAAAAUCAUGGGACGUGGAGACGGCGACAGAGGUGCUACUUAGCAACUGACCAUCCAGCUCUCUUCACCAGGCCAUAUUUCCCCCAAACCCGCCUUCGUCAUGCCCCACACACCCAUACGUACAUCAGUCAUCUUGGUUUGUGUUCACAAUGAAUCUUUGGGAGCAUGAGUUCUGAAAUGCUCCCAGGGCAGCAGUCAAGACUGUGAGACAAUUAGAGCGUGGCCUCGGAGUCGUCUUUUUUCUCUCUUAGCAAAUGUUUGUGUCCCUUGUCUCCCCCCAACCCCACCACCACCUUUUGCCUUGCCACAAUCAUUCCCCCCUCUCAAAUGUAGGCUGCAACUCCUCUUUUAAAGAAACCAAACAAGACAAAGCCUGUGUAUCACUGUCAUUUCACACUAAAACAAGAGAAUGUUCACUUGCAUCUGUGAAAUGAUGUUAGUGGUUGUGUACAUCGAAGAGGCAAACAGCAGCAAUGUAAAAUCUGUACAUCAUAAACAUUACAUUUUGGGAUGUUUAUUUGAAUGGGAUACUUGGCAUAUAAAAAAAACAACAUCCUUUUGAGAUUCAUAGUACCCCUUCUGUUUGAUACCCUCAAAUGUGUGCUUUUCUUUGCUCAUUUGAUUCUUUUAAUGUUUGUUUUGCACUUAACAGCCCCGUAUAGCAGUUGACACGGCCAGAUGACAUGGUGUUAUAUCGUGAGUGCAGAGAAAUUUUCAGACUUAUCAAAGUGUUCAUUUGUUUUUAAAUGAAAGGAAGACUGACCCCUCUUUUUGGAAAUAGGGAGGAUGCAGGAUUAGUGGUCACAAACCCUGCCUUUAUUUCUUUUCAGGGCAGCUGUAGGGAUUGCGACUUCUUGAUCAUUGACGGACCUACCUUGAGUUGCUUCUUCAGUUUUGAUUUUGCUUUUCUGAAGAAUGCAUUCAUGUAAGUGUAAUAACAACACAUAUGACAAACUUUGUACAUGUAGAGACAAGGAAGCGAAUGUUCAAUUACUUUGGCAUUAAAAACUCUACAAGACACAUUGAGGUACAGGUCUAUAAUAUGAUCUGUAUUUAGAUUUCCAAGCUGCUAAUAAUGAAUACAUAUUUACAAUGUAACCAUCAUUGCAAGCAUUUAUCAAGUCUUAAAAGAUGCUUCAAGGCAAAAUGGGUCAAGAGUGAGUACUACCACAUGAUGCUUUGUGAACAAAUUUUUACCAAGUGUUCCAUUCUUUAAGGGGUAAAGCUGUAAAAUGUCUCUUCCCCCCCCCCGUUAUGCUGCUUGCCCUCCCUCUAUGUUAUUGCAUCCCAUUUGUUUAUCAAAAUGCACCCACUUUCACAGCUAGUUGCUUUCAUAUACCUCUUUUCUCAUGUACAUACAGCCAAGUUUUCUUUUGGGAAAAGUACUGUUCAUCUCUAGAAUGCACCAUCGAUGGCUGGAUUUAUAUUUUGUAUGGAAAAACAAAAAUGAGACAAAAAACAAAAAGACUGUCUUCCUGAAGUGAUCACCUUGUUCAGUAUUGCACGAAGUGAAUUAAAGGGCAAACAUUUCUGUCAAAGGAAAUAUGCUCCUUUACAAAAAAAUAACAAAAACAAAAAAAAAAAACCCUACUCGAGCCGUACAAGCAUGAUUAUUUAUUGUGAAACUGUCAUUCUUUUGAAUUAAAAAAAGGUGAAAAAUUAAAA